GAAGAAAAAUGUUUAUCACGAAGAUCGUGAAACUUUCUUAUGCUUCCGUAUUAAAUAUAUGAAUGUGACGCAAAUGACACGUGAUAUGGGUUCAAAGUAAUGUCAUAUAAAUAGAAGGCUUCCCCAAGAAAAUUUCGGUUUCUUUUCAAGCAACUAUAGCAGCCAUGAUAUACUUUGCAGCUCUGUUGAUCAUCGGAUUUAUUGUGGAAUUCUCCCCAGUUGAUGCUCAAGUCACUCAAUGCGGAGGCUACUGCAAUACGGCGAAAGGAUGUAUUUGGGUCUCAGGCACCCCUUGUGCGACUUGCGAAUGCCCAAGCGAAAAUUUACCAGAUGUAGGAAAUAACUGCAGUCCACCUAAAUGUCAGGCAGGUUGCAAGAUAGUCAAUAACGCAAAUGGAUGCCCUUCUUGCGAAUGCCCCCCACCAACAGUAUUAAAUAGAAGACGCAGGCAUGCCCAGUGUUCUAUGCCAAAAUGCUCAUCAUCUUGUAAAAUGAUGUACUCUCAUGGUUCUUGCCCAUAUUGCGACUGCCAAGACAGUAGUUCUCCACAAAUUCAAUGUAGCCCUCCAAAGUGUGACGGUCCUGGCUGUUAUAUUGAUGAUUCUGCUAAGCCUUGCCCAUCUUGCGUAUGUAGCAAGCAGCCAUCUACAGUCCAGUGUGGACAGGUGAGAUGCGAUAAUGGUUGCCAUAUCGACUACAGCACCGAGCCUUGUCCAUCCUGCGUAUGUGGCAACAACCCUUCGCCAGUCCAGUGUGGACCAGUCAGAUGUGGAGAUGGUUGUAAUGUCGAUUACAGCACCCAACCAUGCCCUUCCUGUCAAUGUAACAAUGGUUCACCCUCUCAAGGUUCUGGUUCAAUGGCUUCAGCAAGCGCAAAUACGAAUCGUGGAUAUUACGGACGCUGAGAUGAACAACAGAAGACAAAAGCUGCAAAAAUAAAUCAAAAGAAAAUUUUGAAUGUAAAUUUCUUGCAAUAAACUUUUGACUGCUGUCUUCCGUGA